UUUUGAAGUUUAACAGCUGAUUAGUUGAUUAGUAUGGCGUGUCCUAAAUGUUCAGUAAUGAGCAAUUUAAUUUCAUUAUCAUAAAUACAAUCGAAUCCGUCCUCUUCUUUGGUAGGCAGAUCUAAAACCUAUACAAUCCACCUUUCAUAAUCUUGAGACACUGGUACUGAUUGACCGUAACCGCAACUCAAAAACACGCAGAGUAUUGCUGAUGCACAAUUCAACAAUAAAACUAUUCAAUGACUUAUUAAUUUAAUGGAAAUUUGAAGCAUGUGACUUAUGUAUUCUCUCUGAUUUGUUGAGGUUUCAUAUAAUAAGCUUGAACAUGAAUUCGGUGAACUUGGAAAUUUAGUGUAUUUCAGAAAACUCACAUUUUUAACUAAAAUGCCUGGCACUAGCCUUGUUGUGCCUGUGGUUUUGUGGGGUAAACAUCCCCCAACACACUGUAUUUCUUGCAUAUUCCUUUCAAAUGAUCAGAAGACCUUGGCAACUGGGUGCUAUGAUGGUCAAAUAUGUUUAUGGCAAGUUGAUCCUGAUACUCUACAAAUGACUCCACGAUGUUUACUGGUUGGACAUACAGCUCCUAUACUCUGUAUAUCUAAGGCAUCUAUCGUUCAAGAUAAUAAUUAUAUUGUCUCCAGUUCAGAAGCUGGAGAAAUGUGCUCUUGGGAUCUAGUUGAUGGAAAAUGUCGUGAGGUUAAAAAAUUAACUCAAGUCCAUACAAACAUGCAGGCCUAUCAUAUGAACAACUGCGCUGAUGUUAGGUUGUUUUGUAAUGGGUACUACCCUGAAAUUAUGGUUAUGGAUCCCUAUAAUUUGGAGGUAUUAUUUAUGUUAUCAUCUAGGCAAAAUCCUGACUGGAUAAGUGCACUACAUGUUUUACGUCCGGUUAAAAGAAAAGAUGAUGUUGUUCUUGCGAUAACAACCACUGGAAUGGUAAAAGUUUGGACUCUACUAGGAGGAGAAAACAAAUAUUCGGAUCCUAUUUAUGAAAAUGAAAGUAAACAAAUCAAACCUUUAAAUGCUGUUUGUAUAGUUUGUUGUGCAUAUAACCAAAGAACUGUACUUGUGGUCUGUACUAAGUAUUGGCAAAUUUAUGAUGCAGGUGACUUCAGUGUAUUGUGCUCCUAUUUAGCACCCAGAGGAGAGAGAUGGAUGUCUGGUGACUUCAUAGCUAUUGAUCGAAUUAUCAUGCUAUCAGAUGCAGGCAAAGGCUACUUAUACAAGUUGCCGGCAAAUAGUGUUCCUGAUAAUAAAAACUUCCACAAACCAAGUACAGAAAGUGAUAGCCCAUUCCUCUACUGUUUGCUUAGCCAACCUGACAACAAGACUUUGUCAUGUCCACCUGCCAUGAGUUUCGUAACUACACAAAAACAGAACAAAUUAUGCCGAUACCUACUCAGAGGCGAUUCAGAAGGUUAUAUCUUAGCUUGGAACAUUCCCGACAUCUCAGAGGCCCAAUUGGCCGAAAUAAGAAAUCACAAACCUCCGCAACCUGUCAAAAUGAAUGCAUCUCUUAUGACGAGUCUCUCCGAAGCUUGGGAGAAUGUCCGUCCAAGACCUGUUGGUAUUUUGGACCAAUUAGAGAAGCAUGAAGGUCAUAGAGUAAAACUUACGGCAAGCAUAUAUCUGCCCACUCAGUGUAGGCUUGUGGUUGGUAGGGAGGAUGGUACUAUAAUAAUUGCACCAGCUGUUCAAAGUAUUAUGCUCCAGCUGCUUCACGGAAGUCAUCAGAACUACCUAGACUGGCCACCACACCAGAUUUUAUCGGGACACGGAGGGAGGGUAAACUGCCUACUCUACCCCCACAGUCAACAUUCCAGAUACGAUAAGAACUUCUUGGUGUCAGGUGGUGUUGAUUUCGCAGUAUGUCUAUGGGAUCUGUACUCGGGCACCUUAUUACACAGGUUUUGUGUCCAUGCAGGAGAAAUUACACAGCUUUUGGUACCGCCAAACAACUGCAGCAAUCGAAUACAGAAAUGCAUCUGUUCUGUAGCGUCAGAUCAUUCUGUUACCUUGCUCAGCUUGACGGAACGAAAGUGUGUAUGUCUAGCUUCUAGACAUCUGUUCCCAGUGACUACCAUAAAGUGGCGACCUCUAGAUGAUUUUAUCAUCAUAGGUUGCUCUGAUGGUACCGUGUAUGUUUGGCAAAUGGAGACUGGACAUCUAGAUCGAGUUCUACAAGGAAUCGCAGCUGAAGAGGUCCUAUAUGCUUGUGAAGAAAAUGAAGCUCAUAACAUGUCCUCUGAAGUUGGCUUAGCUAACCCAGCUGUUCAUUUCUUCAGAGGAUUACGGCACAGAAAUUUGUCAGCAAUUAGGCAUGCAACACAAAGAGGUCUGCAUCAAAUACAACAGCUUGGUGCUCACAUAAAUAAUGAUGAUCCUCAUAUGCAGAGAAAUCAUACUUCUCCUUUGUCAAUUCAAGGCUUAAGAACCAAUCCCAAAGAUCCCGAGAGCCAUAUAUUAUUCUUCGAUAUUGAAGCACUCAUCAUCGAAUUAUUAAGUGAAGAAUAUGCCAUGAUGUCUCCAGGCAGUUUAGAAGCUGCUGGAUUAACAUCUCAUACUGAAUAUAUGAAAGUUCUAGCUUUAACACAAAGUGCCAGUCCUGAUGCGCAUAAAAAAAUUGCAGAUUUCUUUGGGAAAGUGAAAGACAAAGCCGAAAAUAUGGAAAGAAUUAUUAAGGAGAAAGACAAACAUGGUAUAUUAGCCAAAAUGAAAGAAGGAGCAGAGCAAAUGCAAACUAAGAUUCAAGCCAAAGCGGAAAGUGUUUUAAAACAGGGCAACGAUAACAAUAAAGAAGGAGGCGAUCAUAAUACUCAAUCUUCCAAUAAGACUUUGAAUUUUCCAUUUGAAACUAGUCAUGGAAUGGAAAUUGCCCAACUACUUUUAUCCUUAUUGCAUACUUGGGGUUUAGAUAGUGAUUUGGACCGUGUGUGCCAAGCUAAACUAGGAUUGCUGAGACCUUUAAUCCCAAUAUCAUUUGGCGUAUUGUCAAAAGCAAACCAUAUGUCCUUGUUUCUUCCAACAUGGCACAAUUGUAUACCUAUGGAGAACGAACCUAUGCCUCUACCAGCGGAAAUAUCCCUAUCAAAUAGUUUGCCAUCAGAUAUGGUGAGACAGGAACAAUUGAUAAGGAUAUUUACGGCUAGAACCCAUUGGGAGUUGAGCACAACACUAACCAGCAAUCACCUGUUAGCUAUUAUUGCUCUCAGUCAUACUCUCAUGUCUAUGAGCAACGCUACGUUUGUCCCAGAGCAAGAACGUAACAGAAAAAUGCAUAGGCAAUCCACAAGAGUUAAUUGGAGUAAAGUGGACGAAGAACACGAAGAGCUGUAUACUCAACAGCAGGCCCAUAUAAAACAGGGCUGGUCGUUGUUGUCUACGUUGCAUUGUGUUCUUUUGCCAGAUAAAGUUAUGGAAGCCGGAGCGAAGCACUUUAAACGACCACAAGUAGAGAUGAUGGCUAAAAGGUGGCAGCACCACUGUGUAGAGGUCAGGGAGGCGGCUCAGACACUCCUACUGGCCGAGCUCUCAAGAAUGGGUCCCAAGGGUAGGAAAGCUUUAAUCGAGACCUGGUCCCCGUAUUUACCAAUAUUCUCAACACCGACGGAUACUAUAACCCAACAAAUAACAUCACCUAUAACACAAAAUAAUAUAAAUUCUGCCAAUUCCAUACCAACAGAAGCAGUAAGUCCAUCUAGGUGUUGCCAGUGGCAAAUAUGUAGAGCUCUUUAUAUUGACGAGGAAGAAGACGAUGAGGAGGACGAGACCGUGAGGAGGCCAUCUAAUAUAACGGAACUGAAACGUAAAUAUUCAACUGCCAUUAUUUUACUGGGAGUUAUCGGAGCAGAAUUUGGACAAGACAUUACUAGCACUGAUAAUUCGAAAAAGAGAAACAGCGAGGAUAGGCGAAAGAGUAGCGGUGCAGAAGGAUUCGGUAGCAGAUGGUCCCUAAGGUGGAGUAUAAAGAAACAACCAGGACCUGGAAAUAAUAAUUUGGCAAGAUUGACAGCUAUGGCGCUGUCGCAUCUUUUACUUGCCCCGCCUUCUCCAAAACUACCCGCCUACGUGGCCUUGAGAAGAGCUGCUAUCGAUUUGAUUGGCAGAGGUUUUACUGUUUGGGCGCCUUUCUUGGAUAUCAGUAAAGUACUUCUUGGUCUACUAGAACUCUGUUCUGAAGCUGACAGAUUGGUACCCAGUAUGACAUAUGGUUUACCAUUAACUCCUCAAGCAGAUUCUUGCAGAACUGCAAGACAUGCCUUAACCCUUAUUGCAACAGCAAGGCCCGCUGCGUUCAUAACAACAAUGGCAAAAGAAGUGGCUAGAUACAAUGCAAUGCAACAAAAUGCACAAACGUUGAACAUAACGAUAAAUAAUAAUGUGUUGCACAAAGCCAAGCCUGAGAUUCUGAGAGGUGUUGAGUUGUUAAUAGAGAAAAUGCAGAAUGAAAUGACUGAUCUAUUGGUAGAGGACUCAGAGCGGUGUAACUUCGAUCCCAUCGAUCAAUUAAACCGGUGGAUGGUGUUGUUGAUGGAUAUCAUAUUACACUGCUUAGACCAAAGUCAACUCAAAAAUAAGAGUUUACAGGAUGUAUUUCCUGCAAUUUGUAGAUUUACUCAAGUUUCACAUUGCCUUACAACUCGAAGGAUAGCUGUUGGUUCCAACAACGGUACACUAACCCUUUACGAACUGAGACAUAAUAAGACCACAUCAAUCAAUGCGCAUUCUACGCCCGUCACUGCUGCUGCCUUCAGUCCUGAUGGUAAAUUCUUGGUCAGUUACUCCUGCGGUGAAAACAAACUUUGUUUCUGGCAAACCAGCACGGUAAUUUUAAGAUGUAGAAAGAUCCAUAUACACUGUGGUUCUUGCACCUGUCCGAAAGUAGGGUUUUCUUUGAGUUUCUGUGGUUGUACAAGAGUUGAGCAGGAAGAUAGUCAUGACGAAAGCGAAAAUCAUAUCAAUGAAAAAAGCUGCAAUAUACGUAUGUUCGGUUUGGGCCAAUCGCAGACCAGGUGUGUGAAGUCUUACAGCACGGCUCCAAUUGCUGACGUGUCAAGGUUGAACCCGAUGCGACUGGCUAGGUUGAUUUGGAUCAACAAUAGGACUGUCACACUGAUGCUUGCGGAUGGUUCUGAAACACGUUUCAACAUAUAAUGUUCAGGUCGCUAAGUUGUUUUCGUGGCCUUCAAUGUUGAUGUUAUUCUCUUCUUCUUCUUCUGGUGUUGAUUCCAAUCUAUGAUAUUAAUCUAAAAAGUGCACCAUAAUAUUCUAGAAUAUGUAUGUAAAUGUAUUGUAUCAAUAUGUAUCAAAUUUUAUCUCCUUAACAACUUUGUUUUUGACAUCGCUUAUGUUGAGGUGUAUAUGGAGCAAUAAACCUAAACAGUUGGUCCUCUAUAGGUUUGGCUGCUGAACUGCGUAGGAUUUUCGAGUCUGAUAUUUGAUCAGAAAUUAUGGGUGUAUAGGUUAAAGCAGUUUUUCAAACCUAUGGAGCUCCUUAAUACAGUAUUAAUUUAAGUUUCUGAUCGUAAUGACCCAUUCUGUUUCGGGUACAUAGCAUGAAUUCUUACACGAAACAUUUUAACCUCUAUUUUAUCGCCACCGUAAUUUGAAUCUUUUAUUUUUCGUAAUUGGGUCUUAAUUGUUUUUAAUAUGAAUAAGUCAAGUAUGAUUUCUCUUAGUUGUGUCAAGAACGAUGAUAGUGAUCUAGUCAUUUUUAGUCAAUUCGUCAAUUGCAAGGUUGUUGGGUAUUUGCAAUAAUAAUGUAAGAGGUUAAUUUUUAAUUUUAUACAUCUGAGUGACAAUAAUUUGAUGAAACAAAUUAUUUUUUCUUAGUUCAUGUAAAAUAAAUAGUAACGAUGAGAUGUGUUAGCCAAAUCAUCUGAUAUAUGAUAAAUAGCCUUAAUAUCCUUUUUCAUUGAAUGUGCCUCAUUGUAUACCUUGUAAUUGGAAAAAUGCAUCUCACAUAUUUGAUUAAUUUUUGGAAGACGUUAAAAAUAGAUGAAAAUUGAAUUUACUUGGAAUUUUGACAAUCGUUACAGUAGAAUGGAAUAUUGAAUUGUUGGUUUUGUUCAUAAACAAAUUUAUGCUGCUCAUCAGAUGCAUAACAGAGGUACAUUUUUCCAUAGAUUUGUUAUGUAGAAUCUGCUGCAGUAUCCAUAUGAAUGGAAAUAUUAGCUUUUCUGAAGUAUCGAUAUAUUUUCAUCCUUGAAAUAUCUAUUGACUGUUGAUAAUCACUAAGGAAUUUUUGCAUUUUAAAGGGCACACGAUAAAAUUGAAUAAAUAAGUGUUUGCCUAUUUGCUAUAUUAACCCUAUAGUGUGUAGUGUUACAAGUUCUUGUUCCCUACUCUAAAAAUAUUUAAAUUUGAAUAUCCUCUUAUAUUACUCAGCUUAUUUGAAUUAACUAUCAGAAUGUUUAAUGUAAGAACAAUUGAAUGUAUUUCCCCAAAGGCUAUUUAGAAUAAUAGGAAAAGGAUGCAUUUUGCAAACAUCAAUUUUGCAUUUCAGAAAUUGAGAUUAAUUUCGAAAACUGAGUUUUUCCCAUCAAACAAGCAUGAACGAUUCUUUACAGUUAUUGUUUUGUGUUUAAUCAAAACUUCGCAAAGCCUUUCUACAGCAAAAUAUAGUUCAAAAUUUUCUCUUCGGAUUUUUAGUUAGUACUUAAAAAAUAUAUCUCCCAAUGUUUAGUGGAAAAGUUCAUCAGUAGGCCUGAGGAAAAAAAAUGAUUUUUGUGAUAAUUGUAUUUUUGGAAUUGCAAAUCAAGCUUGAUUUGAACUAUAGGAAAUAUUCUCUCAUUUCUUCAUGUUAUUUUUUUAUUAUCAGUAUUGUUUUAGUCAAUUAGUUAACGAUUUUAUGUGGUAAUUUGAAAUUUCAUCCUAAAUGAUUUGAUUUGGUAUUCUGUACCGUAUUGUUGGAAAUAAUAUAUACAUAGUUGUAAGGAAUGUAUAAAUGUUAUUUAUUUAUAAAUUCUACCCCUUUGUAGUUAAAGUGUAUCAUAUAAUACGUUAUUUAAUUGAUAAUAAUUUAAAUUUUUUCCCUUGUAAUUGUAGUUUAGUUAGAUCCUACUGUAAAUUAAUUUUUUGAAUUUUUAUGAUGUAAAUAAACAUUAUUAUUUAGAUAA